AUGGUGCAGAGCCAGAGGAGCACUAACGACUCCUCAUACAUCAGAGACCAGUGCUCUACUGCACACGCUCAGACCUUCAUCACCAUCCUCUGCCUCAGCCCCUCCCGCUCCCUCUCCUCCUCAGGCUGGACCCAGUCCGACUGUCAGAUCAGAACCAGGAUGGAGCUCUGCUGCAGAACUUCGGCCGUCCUGCUGCUGCUGCUGCUUCCAGGGUGUUUUUCGGCCCAUGGCCGCUUCGCCCAGAAGCUGCUCAGCGACCUUUUCUCCAACUACACCAACGCUCUGCGGCCAGUGGACGACACCGACCACGUCAUCAAUGUCACGCUGCAGAUCACGCUGUCCCAGAUCAUCGACAUGGACGAGCGGAACCAGAUCCUGACCACCUACCUGUGGGUCCGCCAGGUGUGGAUGGACGCCUUCCUGAGCUGGAGGAGAGACGAGUACGACGGCCUGGACGUCGUCCGCAUCCCUAGCAGCUACGUCUGGAGGCCCGACAUCGUGCUCUACAACAGUGCGGACGAUGAGUUCUCCAGCUCCAUGGAGACCAACGUGGUGCUGCGUAACGACGGCCAGGUGACGUGGGACCAGCCGGCCAUCACUAAGAGCUCAUGUUCGGUGGACGUGGCGUUCUUCCCCUUCGACGUUCAGCAGUGCCACCUGACCUUCGGCUCCUGGACCCACAACGGGAACCAGAUGGACCUGUUCAACGCGCUGGACAGCGCCGACCUGGCCGACUUCGUCCCUAACGUUGAGUGGGAGGUUCUGCGCAUGCCGGCCAAAAAGAACGUGAUCCUGUACGGCUGCUGCUCGGACCCGUACCCGGACAUCACCUUCACGCUGCACCUGAAGCGCCGCGCCUCUUUCUACAUCUUCAACCUGCUGCUGCCCUGCAUGAUGAUCUCCUUCCUGGCGCCGCUGGGCUUCUACCUGCCGGCCGACUCGGGCGAGAAGGUGUCGCUGGGCGUGACGGUGCUGCUGGCCCUCACCGUGUUCCAGCUGCUGGUGGCCGAGAGCAUGCCGCCGUCCGAGAGCGUCCCGCUGAUCGGGAAGUACUACAUCGCUACCAUGACGAUGGUCACCGCCUCCACCGCCCUCACCAUCUUCAUUAUGAACAUUCACCACUGCGGCUCCGAGGCCCGGCCCGUCCCAAAGUGGGCGGAGCUCCUCGUCCUCAACUUCCUGGCCCGGAUCUGCUUCGUCAGCGAGGUGGGGGCCAGCUGCCUGGGGGGGGGGCCGUCCAGGAAGCAGCCGCUGUCCCGGCAGGAGUCCCAUAGCCGGUCCGCCGACAGAGAAAGAGGAGCCAGCUGGGACGUCAACGGGCGGGCGUGGGGGGGGCGGGGCGAGGAAGAGGAGGGUCCAGGGGGGCAGGAAGCGGUGUGGAAGGAGGAUCUGCUGGUCACCAUCGACCACUCCGAGGAGAGAGAGGCAGAGCAGCCGGCCGGCGGGGCGACCCAGAGGGAGAUCCGGGUCAGAACCAGGUGUGUGUGCCAGCACCAGCGGCUGCUGCAGAGCGUGGAGUCCAUCGCCGGGUCGUACCAGGACCAGCGCGCCGCCCAGAGCCGCGUCGCCGAGUGGAGGAAGGUCGCCAAGGUCAUGGACCGCUUCUUCAUGUGGCUCUUCUUCGUCAUGUUCUUCUUCAUGAGCGUCCUGAUCCUGGGCAAGGCCGUCUGACGGAUCCGACCAGAACAUCUGGUCACCUCCACUCUGCUGAGGUUUCUCACCUUUACAGCUCAUCAAGUUUGAAGUUUUUCACCAUGUUUUGCUUCGUGACCUUUGAACCCAAACAGAACCAAGCAGAAUUUUAUCCCACAACCUUUAGAGGAAGUCGGGUUUUCUGGAAGUGAAGAAUACAGUCAGAUUAAAAUAUUUGAAGCAAUAAUGUGUAGCUAUUUGAACCAGGAGAACCUGGCUCCGGUUCCCUGCAGGUCCAAACGGCUCCGUUGGUUCUAGCUGGGACGUUUGCCGUGUCGUUCAUGGACCUGAGAACUUCCAGAACUUCCUCAUGUUUGUUGAUGAUGUUUAGCUUCAGAGGUUUUUCAUUCUGAUUCUUGAGACAUUAAAUGCCAACAGAUUAUCCGUUAAUCUGAUCAUUUAGUGCUUUAUUAAGGACAUAAAAUCAUCUAACGUCCUAAAAUCUGGGAGCUUUAUUUUGGACCGGAGUCGGUUCUGAUUCUUUAACAUUUUAUCCUCUUUAUAAACCAACACUGCAUGAGUCGCUCA